CUAUCGUCCAAAUUCUGAUUUUGUUUAUUUCAGCCGUCUGCCGGAACCCAAAAUAAAUAAGAAGGGGCAUCUCAAGAUUUCUUUUGAAUACCAGGAUUUGUAUUAUAGGCAACGCAUUAUAGAUAUAGUGACUGUUUGACUUACAGUAUUAUUUAGCUAGAAUAUUGUAAAUUUCAGUUGUUCUCUAUUGAUUCGUAGGCGUAGGUUAUGUUUGCCGUAAAGGUUAUCCUAAAUGUUUAAAAAUCAAAAUCUUUAGUAAUUGAUAUCUUUCUUUCAGUCAAAUCAAAUACUAACAUCCCAUGAAAAUGUCUUUCCUAGUACAUGGUAAAAGCGUAAUUAUCAUUAUUUUUAUAAGCCAUUUAAUGUUUGAAGUCACCCCAGCUUCUCCGGCUCACAUUCAUAAACAUCAUUUGAGUAAGGAAAGAGAAGAAGAUGGAGCUUAUGUAGCAAGAGAUCAUAACCACAUAACUGAUGGAGAACAUCACAAAGAAUUCGAUCAUGAAGCAAUAAUAGGAAGUAUGAAAGAAGCAGAAGAGUUUGACCAUUUGUCUCCCGAGGAAUCUAAGAAACGUCUCCGAAUCCUACUCACAAAGAUGGAUCUCAACAAGAAUAACCAGAUCGAUCGUAAUGAGUUGCAUGCCUGGAUUCUGAGAUCAUUCUCAAUGCUGUCUGAGGAAGAAUCGGCUGAAAGAUUCGAAGAUGCCGACGAAAAUGAAGAUGGAAAAGUAACUUGGGAGGAGUACAAAGCUGACUCAUUCGGUGACGAGAAUGCUCUGAAUUCUGUUGAAGAUGGCGAUGAUGAGGUAGUAAAACAUGAUAAAGUCCUCUUCAAAGCAGCUGAUGUGAACAAGGAUGGAAUUCUAGACAAGAGAGAAUUCAUUUAUUUCACCCACCCUGAAGAGCAUCCUGAAAUGUUCCCUCAUAUUCUCCAAAAUACUUUGGAGGAUAAGGAUCAGGAUAAAAAUGGUGUAAUUGAUUUUCAGGAGUUCCUUGGAGAUAGAGCUAAGACUCAUGACAAAGAGUGGCUCGUUUCUGAAAAAGAGAAAUUUGAUGAGGAAUAUGAUAAGGACGGAAACGGUGUGCUGAACUCUUCGGAAAUUCUAUCAUGGGUUGUUCCCAGUAACGAUGAAAUAGCCACUGAGGAGGUGGAUCAUUUAUUUGCUUCAACUGAUGAUGACCAAGACAAUGUUUUGAGCUUUGAUGAAAUUCUAAUGAAUUACGAGAUUUUCGUUGGAAGCGAGGCUACUGACUAUGGAGAGCAUUUGCACAAUAUUCACGUAUUCCAAGAUGAGCUGUGAUCGCAUUACACCUCAAAUCAAGAUAUCAUCUUGAACCGUACUGUAAAGAAUUUCUACCAACCAAUUUAUUUAUUUAUUUUUGUUUUAGUGUUCGAGUGUGUGCAUGUGUCUAGAAUCAGUAACUACUAUUAAUCAGUAAAAUAGUAUUUUAUACUCUGAAAAGGAUUCAUAAAUGAUUUUUCUCGAAGAAAUAUUGAUCCGACAAUGUAAUGACAAAUAAUCGGUAAAACUGAAUUCUGUUAAGGAACUGAACUCUAACGCGUCGUCGAAGCAGAGUUUUUAAAAGACUGUUUUAUCGAUUAUUUCUUGUUAUAAGAAAUGGACGGUAAACGUUUCACUCCACCAAGAACUAUGCAAAAAUUUGAGGUGGUGGCACAUUUUGGUGGAGAAAAUUGUGAUUUAUUGUAACAAAAAAGCAACGGUUUCCAUGAGAAACAGAAAUGUAUCAUACAUCAAAUCAGGAAUUGUUUUCAAAUUCUUACUAGACCAAGAGUCUAGAACCAUAAAACAUAUGAGCUGCACCAUCAACUGUAGCUCAGUAUUACUGUAUUUCUACUAGUAGUAUUUAUAUAAGUGUAUCUUUGUAUUAAUACUGUAAAUUGUGUCUUGAAAUAUUCUUAUAAGCGUCAUUCACGGGCCAGACAACAUAAACAUUUCAACAAUAUAGAAAUACAAAUUUUAUUGUGCAGAACUUUCUUGGGCCUAUUUCACAAAGGUAUAAGUAUUGUUACCAACCAUGGUUACGAACAAGUUUACAAGUACUCACGUUUCACAAAAAUUCAUGAUCUACAAGUUUACAAUUCUGCUUUUGUGAAACGCUUGUAAUCAGCUCUUCUCCAAAACCAUGGUUGGCAACAAGACUUGUAACCUACUCGUAGCUUUGUGAAACAGGCCCCUGAUUUUACAGUUUCUUUUCUGUGUUGUUAAUGAGAGUGUGGUUGCAUAGAUUACUUCAACAAUUAUAAAGCACUAGUCAUUUUAUAUUAUAAAGUUCAAGAUUCACAUAAUCAAUAUGUAUGUGAUAUAAUUUUUUAUGGAAAAAUCUUCCUCCAUAACGAUUUAGAUGAACAUAAACUUACCGGCAAAUUAUACAAUAAUUGAAUUGCAAAAUGGACGUUUUCAGUAAUUGCUGUACCUGUUUAUUGAAAUUGAGAGUUACAGAGCUACUAACAGUAUUAAAAAUGUUCACAAUUUAGUUUCCUAGUUGUAAGCCAUUGCAUACUCCAAGUCCGUAGAGUAUGUGUGCGUAAAAAAUCCAUGAAUUCCAUGAUGAACGAUGAUUGGCAAAUUGAAGAAGAUAAGGUUUACUCCUUUGUAUUUCAAUAAUUAUGUUACAUCAUAAAAAUAAUUUUUCAGAGCAAUGCACUUCUACUUGACUAAAACCAGUGUUUUUAGAAUGUGCUUGACUUUAUUAACAAAGUUGGUGCAAAGUAAGGUUAAUUAUAUGGCAGGCUAUAUUACCUUGAGUGCAAAGGCCAGUACAAAAUAAAGAGAAAAUAUAUAUUUUACAAAAUGUGAAGUAUUAUUAAAUUCGUUAAUCUUUUUAGGCUCAUAGAAAUUCUUAGCGAUAAGAUUUUUUUAAAUUGUGACCAUAUACUUUUAUAUCACUUAUUUGGUUGUAUUCUUCCAUUUGAGUGUUAAACAUUAUUGUUUUUAUUACUAUUUCCAGUUACUCCUCUUGUAAUAUAAAUGAGUUAUAUUGUUCGCAUUGCUGGUCUCGAUUUAGAAAAAGUGUUGAUGUAUAACAUUUUUCUAUGUUAUUCACGGACAACGCAAGCCUUAUGUCCAAAAAUGUUUUUCUGAUACUAAGAAUCCAAAUUAUAGCCAAGUAUAAAUUUCUAUUAGAAUGUUUCAAUUAUUUUCCACUAUUGCGUUAAUACAAACAUUAAAAUCAAAAUGAGAUUGGCACAAUACUACUAUUUAAAAAGCUUUUUACUACUUUAUUACUCUAUUUUAAGCUAUUGCCUUAGUUUUAGAAUCUUACGUGGCAGAACUUUACCACUGUCUAACCUAUGUAUAAGAUAAUAUUAGAUUUACUCCACAUUUGAUUUAAGUCAAUAUAAUUAUCGUAUUUUCAUAUUUAUAAAGACUUGUCAUUGUUUGAAAAUACUACAAUCAAUUUGUAAUUAAAGAAUUGUAGAAAACAACUGAGAGAAACUGGUUUCAUGAAUAGAAUGAGUUAGCAUAAUAAAGCAUCAAGAUUUUUCAAACUCUGAUUAAGUUUCAUCAUCUUACUAAAUUUUACAAUAAUAUUCCGCAUCCCAACCAUUUAUUACAUUCUUCUACCAUUUUGUAAUGAAACAACAAUAAAAUUAUCUGAUUUUGUGCAUAAAUUUGUAUUCAUCAAUGUUGAGAAUUAAAAAUAUUUUCAAAAUGCAA